UGGAUUGCCUACCUCAUUCAGAAGAUGUGAUUUUAUUUUUCUUUCCUUUAUAAAUUCCUCCAUAUCUACCUACAUUGCCUGCACUCUCGAUCAGUCUUCCCGCUGAGCAUAGCACUUGCCCAGAAAAGUUUAGGAGGAGGGAAGGCUACCUCAUCCUAGGAUCGGGACAUAUUUUCUGCUGUUUUUACUUGUUUAGACGAUCGUACAUUUUUAUUUUUCGGUGUCCUACUCUGAGCUGCCAAGCAUGUCAACUUCUCCGAGCUCCCUUCCAUGGCUGUUUCUCUUCCUGUUUUUAUCAGCGCUCUUUCGUUCCUCUCAGGCUGAUGUUGGCUCUGCUGCCCACUACAGCCCCCCAUAUUUGCCCACCGCUUGCAGGGGAAGCGACCCCUCACAGUUUCCGUCGAGCAACCUGUUUGGGUCAGCCGGCGAGGGAAUAUGGGACAAUGGUGCGGCCUGCGGCAGGCAAUAUCUGGUGAGGUGCAUUAGUGCGCCGGUGCUAGGAACUUGCGUUCCAGGGAAGACGAUUCAGAUAAAGAUUGUAGAUCGAGCUCUCUCUUCGGUGUCUCGGCCUUCAAGGAAAGAUACUACCAUGGCCCUCUCCACCACCGCCUUCGCUGCAAUCGCCAACUCUUCUGCUAAGUUCGUUAACAUUGAAUUUCAACAGGUUUGAAUUAGAAGACAACACAUUGUUUAUCAAGGGACAUGGGACCCCCUUGAUAUAAUUUAUUUUUCUAGAACUUCGAGGAUGGAAGGUCAAUUAGUUUGGUUUGAUUGUAUGUGUAGCUUUCAGCAUGGUUAGUAUGUAGUUGAAUUUUGCUCCUAUUAAGUGUUUCUAGAGAAUUGAAGAAAAUGUGUAUUAUCUUAACCUCCCAAGUUCCUAAACUUGUUAUAUUUUUCAACGCAAAACCAUUCGUCUUUGUCUCAGAUUUAUACAUGUGUUUAUAUUUAAUCACCCAUAUCAUGAUUUGAUAAUUAAGAAUGAACUAGCUAUAUAUAAAAAUAAAAUGGGUAUGUUCCCAUAAUUAAUUAAAUAAAACAUAUCAAUAGGAUAAUGAUAUAGUACUAUAGUGAUGAUGGAAUGGAAUGAAUUUAUAAGCAAGUUAACCUACUCUGAGAAGUGAGAGUUAAGGCAUGAUUUUAUGCCUCAGCUUGUCGUUUUGUAAUAGAAAUUAAAUUAACAAAAAGUGUAACGCGUUAACUACGACAUUUCGAAUAACUUGAGACCUCUUUUAACAUUGUAGAAGCCAAAUCACUUACUUGACCAAUCUAUUAUUUGCCAAAAUUAUUAUAAACCCACUUUCUUUGAAGGUCAAUACAUAACGUUCUCACAUAUCCAAAAGACCAAAAGACCAAAAGACCCAAUCCAAAUCCAAAUAAGAAAGUGGUUUGUUCGUGAUUAAACAUAAGUCGUUGGGUAUUUUAAGCGGUAAAAAGCUCCGUAUAAAUAACCCGACUCGCUCUCUCUCCAGUCUCUGAAAUCUAAAAAAGAUUCGAUCUUUCUCGACCCCCAUCUGCAAAUUCUCUCUGUUUUUAUCUGCGUUCGCGUUUUGUGCUUUUUGCUGCUGUCUCGAAAGCAAAAUUGAGUUAUUCACAGUUUCAUUCAAUUUCUCGAGAAAAAAAAAAUGUCAGGUAAAGGCGCGAAGGGUUUGAUAAUGGGCAAAAGCCCAGCCAUCAACAAAGACAAAGACAAGGACAAGAAGAAACCUAUCUCUCGUUCUUCCCGAGCUGGCCUUCAGUUCCCAGUUGGUCGAAUUCACCGUCUUUUGAAGUCGAGGGUUUCAGCUAAUGGAAGAGUUGGUGCAACAGCUGCUGUGUACUCUGCCGCUAUCUUGGAGUAUCUGACUGCAGAAGUGUUGGAGCUGGCAGGUAAUGCAAGCAAAGAUUUAAAGGUGAAGCGUAUAACACCCAGACACUUGCAGCUUGCAAUUCGUGGUGACGAAGAACUAGACACCCUGAUCAAAGGAACAAUAGCCGGUGGUGGCGUGAUCCCUCACAUUCACAAGUCUCUCAUCAACAAGUCCACCAAGGACUAGUAUUCUUGUGCUUUCCAUGUAUUGUCAACUCCUCUUGGGAAAAUGGAACUCCUGUGUACAUUUUCAGAUACAUUUUAUUCAUUGAUAAUGUCCUUUGUGGGUUGGCAUACUGUUACUUCUAUUGGGAACAAUCAAAGAAUAUAUUUUUUUCAUUUCUUUGGUAGUGGUUAGAGUUUAGAAAUUAGAGGUGCUUCGUUUGGUGUGUUAUGGGUUAUUAAAUGAAAGUCUUUUGCACACUAUAUGAUUCAUAAUCAUAACUCUGUUUCUUUUCUUUGUUUUUA